UGCCGACCAGGAGCUUCCUACGUCAGAGUCCAGCGCUGAAAAGUAGAUAUAGGAAUCUGUGUGGAAAAAAACAAUAGAACCCCCUGACUUAACGAAAGGGCGGAGUUUGCCAGAAUAAGAGAAUUUGAUUACUGGCUUAUAGUGAAUUUUUUAUAAAACUUUUAUCCUCUCUAGCCCCGCCCUGGGGUCCGAUGGUCAUGUGCUAUAUAAUGAGCAGGAGUUACCGUCCUUCGCACAUGUCUUAUGCAGUUCUUUGAGCUUUUGGAUUAUCUCCCCUGCUCUAGUUAAACUUGAUUCUUUCAGCAGACGAACAGGUUUAAAGUAUUCGGACGACGCAGCGAAGACAACAAAAUUAACAUAAUUUAUUGGAUAGUACAAAAAUAUUUUCGCCAAAGAAUUUCUUUACAUUUAAAGGAAGUAUUUUGUUUCGAUUUUAUCUCCGAUCUUGUGAGUUAAAUGGUCUUUACAACAGACCAAGGGACAGAGAAAACAGGAAAGGAUGGAUCCAUCAGACUGGACACUACUGUCCACAUGGGUACAGAGGCUCCUGUCAAUGGUCACAAUGGGUCGAUGUACAGCGUGACCCCCAGUGCAAAGACAGGGAAGUCGACAACCUUAUCAGAGUUCGGAUCCUAUGACGACAUAGUAACGCCUUCCGUGCCCCUGAAAGAGAGGGCUAAGGAUUACGUCCGAUCAUGUUGCACUAUGGACACUCUCAAGCGGAAACUCCCGAUCAUUGGCUGGCUCCCGCAGUACAAUUUCCACAAGCUCCAGUAUGACCUGAUAGCUGGUAUCACAGUAGGCAUGACCCUCAUUCCUCAAGGACUAGCCUACGCCGGCAUCGCUGGAUUACCUCCCGUGUACGGACUCUACUCUGGCUACAUCUGCUGCUUCAUCUACGUGUUGACUGGCUCUGCUAAGGACAUCACUGUUGGGCCGAGCGCCAUCAUGUCUCUCUUGACGGCUUCUUUUGCUACUUCCUUAUCCCCAAAACUUCCCAACGGAGAUGUGGACCCGACAAUGGCCAUUAUGUUAGGUUUUACCACUGGUCUCAUACACAUUGUAAUGGGUCUAUUGAAUCUGGGUAUACUUGUCAGCUAUAUAUCUUUCCCUGUCAUCAACGCUUUCGCAUCUGCUGCUGCCAUCACCAUUGCUGUCAGCCAACUUAGAACACUGCUGGGUCUAAAGGGAGUUCCCAAUGACUUUGUUGAGGCGCUAGACAAUAUUAGGCAGAGACUUCCCUACAUCAAUGUCUGGGAUAUGACCAUGGGACUGAGCUGUGUCGUGGUGGUCAUUCUAAUUAAAAAACUUCGAGAGAUCAAAUUUAAAACCGACCCAAACAAGGAGACGCCUAUUAUUAUAUCAGCCCUACGACAGAUGGUGUAUAUCAUUGGGGCAGCCUCUACUGCCAUCACUGUCAUUCUGGCUUCCAUAGUAUUGUACAUCUUGGAACAAAACGGAAUCCAUGCUAUCACUCCAACUGGCUACAUCAAGCCUGGACUACCGGAAAUUCGUGUCCCUGAUUUCAGUAUUUCAAAUGGAAAUUUCACAAUGUCCUCAUCAGAAAUGUUCUCUAAACUUGGUGCUGGUAUUAUUGUCAUGCCAAUUAUCGCGUUGAUUGAAGCCAUGGCAAUCGGAAAGUUUUUUGCCAGAGUGAAUCGUUAUAAACUAGACCCCAACCAGGAACUACUCUCUUACGGCAUUUGUAACCUGGUCAAUGCUUUCUUUCAAGGGUAUACCAUCACAGGGGCCUUCUCCAGAACGGCUAUCAACGCCCAAUGUGGGGUCAAGACAACCUUAGGAAGCAUCUUUACUGGCAUCAUCGUCAUCAUCGCUUUGAGUUUCAUGACGCCCAUCUUCUACUACAUCCCCAAGUGUGCCCUGGCUGGGGUCAUCAUAGCGGCCGUGUUGGCCAUGGUGGACGUCCACACUUUCGUAGCUCUUUACAAAGCCAACAAAGUAGAUGUGUUCCCAUACCUGGUGACCUUUGCUGCGACCUUGCUGAUAGGUGUCCAGUGGGGAAUUUUCGUUGGCAUUGGUCUAUCACUGCUGAUAUUACUGUAUCCUAUUGCAAGACCUAAGAUGUUGUUUUCAGCACUUCAAGGCUUCAUGGUAGUCACACCAACAACAGGAUUGAGUUUUCCCAGUGCUGAAUAUUUAGAGAUCAAAGCCUUAGAUAGGGCUCUAGAUGUCGAGAAACCAAACCACGUGAUCCUGAACAUGGAACAUCUUUCGAACAUGGACUUUUCAGGUGUGCAGGCCAUCAAAUCUUUAAUGGCUGAGUUUGAGGUCCACGCCAUGAAGCUUAUCUUAGCUCAGGGACAGAAACGAGUCAGGAAACAACUGAAAAGAGCUAAGAUUCCAAAUCUAAUCAUUGCACGAACAGUGGAAGAAGCUGCGGAAAUAUUUACUGCUCAAAUAGAAUCAGGUACAGACCCAUAUGAAAACGAAGAGGGAAAUUUCAUGAGCCGGCUUUAGUCAUCUUGUUUUGGGUAGAGUUACAAUAGGGCACAAAGUCGUGACAAAGUAGGCCUACUAAUGUGAUGUGUAGACAAAGAAACGAUACAACAAAACUAUUUUUAUUUUGUUUCUCUAAUUUUGAGAAAUGAUUCUGUAUAUAGUUGUUACUAUGCUGAUAUAUGUACAUUGUUAUAAAAAAAGAAUGACAUAAGACUGUACAUAUAUAUUGAAAUGAACAAAUGUGUCAUAAUUCUGUUCACUGUUGUAACUAAUUGUAUGGAAGUGGUGUCUACAUGGACUAGUGUUACACGCGCUACGAAAAAAAGAAUUCACUUGCAUUGCUAUUUUUUUAGUAUUUCUUAAAUGAGUUUUUAAGUAUUUCUAAAAGUAAUUGAUUGUACAUCUGACCUUAAGUUAUUGCUGACUUUUUUGAGCAAAUGUAUACUUUAUAAUAUAAAGAUUGGAAAGGACUUAUAAAUAAAAGAACUCGAAUAGUUAUUUUUAGCUCUAACAAGCACAGUCUAUGUAACCUAAUGUAUAUAGUUACAUCGCAAAUAGUAAAACGGGUGUGUUUAAGUUGGCCUGUGAUUUGGUAUUUUAAGGGCAUGUUCAAGUUGGUUAAUCUACAAAUAGAUAUUGGCGUUUAGUAGAAAGGAUACAAUCACUUGUGCUAACGACUUUUAAAAAGUACACAUUACCUCAAUUCAAGUACUACCGUUCAUAGUCUCGAGACUAAGAACUACUUCAACUGAAGUGUACACUGGCGAUCAGCGCCAAUCUCUUAUUCUCAAAUCGAAUAAGAUUGUACUUUAUUUAAAUGGCAUUACGUGUAACUAUGAAAUUGCUACAUUAUCUAAAACUUGUUUGUAUGUUAGUAUAGAAGUAUGACUGCCUUGCGGGGCCAUUUAUUAACUUCUUUAUAUUCAUGUUUCAAAUGGGAUGAACAGAUGUAAGUAUGAUAUCCGAGUACAUAAGUCUGUUCACCUUGUCAGAGUAAAAUAAAAGAGAAAAGAAUCUCAUGAAUACAUUUUCUAA